CGAGAAUUAAUUUGUUAUGACGAAAAAAUUGAUCUUGUGAUUUUUCUUUAUUUUUGACACCCAGACGUCAAAUUUCACAAUUUAAACCAUGACUGUUUGAAAAAGAAAAGUUCUUUUGGUGAAAGUGAGAAAGAAAAGGGGACGUAGAUGUAGAUCCAAGAAGCUGGGGCCAAGUUAAAAGUAAAGUACCGAGGCCCGACAUUUGUCAUUUGACAAGUCUGUUGGUUGUUAGGACUUACGAAAAAAAAAUAUAGGAGUGGCUUGUUCAGAUAAACAAGAUUAGAUGAUGUCCUUUGAACUUGACGUCUGUUCAAAAUGGUGGUCAGUUGGAUAGAUAUAGAUGAGUGGAAGGGGUAAUUCUUAUUCUGUGCCUGUGGUACCGGUUACCACGGAUCCCAUACCAGUCAGGAUUGAGUCACUCAAAAACAAAUCUAACAUGACGAAAACUGUACGAAAAUACGAAGUGUUUCCAGGGAAAAAUAAGUUUUAUUGUAAUGGACGUAUCAUGAUGGCGAAACAGAGCGGCAUUUUUUACUUGACCUGUUCCUUGAUUGUUGUUACAACUGGAUUAUUUUUUGGUUUCGAUUGUGUUUAUUUGGCUGUUCACGUGACGCCUGCGAUUCCAGCAAUCGGAGCCGUUCUUUUUAUCUUUGUCAUGAGCACAUUAUUCCGAACGAGUUUUAGUGAUCCUGGAGUGAUUCCGAGGUCAACUCCGGACGAAGCUGCUGAGAUUGAAAAACAGGUUGAAGUUCCGAAUACUAAUUCCCCCGGAACGUACCGACCUCCCCCACGAACUCGAGAAGUUGUAGUCAAAGGUCAAGUUAUUAAACUGAAGUAUUGUUUUACGUGUAAAAUAUUUCGACCACCGAGAGCCUCACAUUGUAGUUUAUGUGAUAAUUGUGUGGAACGUUUUGAUCACCAUUGUCCCUGGGUCGGAAAUUGUGUCGGAAAGCGAAAUUAUCGCUAUUUCUAUUUAUUUAUUCUCUCGUUGUCUGUAUUGUGUAUUUAUAUCUUUGCCUGUGUUUUAACUCAUUUAAUUCUGAGAGCCCAACAAGACAAUUUUCUGAAUGCUUUGAAGAGUUCCCCUGCUAGUAUCGUGGAAGCCGUGAUAUGCUUUUUCUCCGUCUGGUCUAUUAUUGGUCUAGCUGGAUUCCACACGUACCUGGCCACUUCCGAACAAACAACCAAUGAAGAUAUAAAAGGUUCGUUCACGUCAAAGCGUGGUCAAGAUAAUUUCAACCCUUACAGUAAAGGUUCCAUCAUCAAGAAUUGUAUGACGGUACUCUGUGGCCCGACUGUUCCAAGCUUACUGGACAGAAGAGGCUACGUCGUUCCA